CCGGCCCGGAGGCGGGUUCCAGUGUCCCGGCGAGAGGCCGGCGGGCCAUGCCCUGCCCGCCCCGCGCCGCGCUCCUCUGGGACUUGAUUCUGGGCGGCCUGGGCACCGCCGCCUUCCUGGUGGACCUGGGCGCGGACCUGUGGGCCGCCAGCCGGUAUGUGCUCAGCGGCAGCUACGUGUGCGCCGCGCUGGUGCUGGCGCUCUCGGGCCUGGCGUCGGGGACGCUGCAGCUCUUCAGCUGGGUGUGGCUGCGCGCCGACCCCGCCGGCCUGCACGUGUGGCAGCCCCCGCGCGCCGGCCUGGCGCUGCUGCACCUGCUGCAGCUCGGGUACCUGUACAGGUGCCUGCAAGGACUGCGGCAGGGCUUCCUGGUGUGGCGGCAGGAGGUGCCCUCAGACUUUGACUUGGCCUACGCAGACUUCCUGGCGCUGGACAUCAGCAUGCUGCGGCUCUUUGAGACGUUCCUGGAGACGACGCCACAGCUCACUCUGGUGCUGGCCAUCAUGCUGAGGAGCGGCCGCGCCGAGAACUUCCAGUGGUUUGGCAUCUGCUCGUCCUUCGUGAGCAUCUCCUGGGCACUGCUGGACUACCACCGCGCCUUGCGCACCUGCCUGCCUUCCAAGCCCCGCCUGGGGCCGGCUGCCUCCAUGCUCUACUUCCUGUGGAACCUGCUGCUGCUGUGGCCCCGAGUCCUGGCCGUGGCCCUUUUCGCGGCUCUCUUCCCCUGCUACGUGGCCCUGCACUUCCUGGGCCUGUGGCUGGUGCUGGUCGGCUGGGUCUGGCUGCAGGGCACGGCCUUCAUGCCUGAUCAUCGCUCCGAGUGGCUGUACCGGGCCACCGUGGCCACCAUCCUCUAUUUCUCCUGGUUUAACGUGGCAGACGGCCGUACGCGAGGCCGAGCCACCAUCCAUGGGGCAUUCCUACUGAGCGACAGCGUACUCCUGGUGCUCACGUGGGGGACCGAGAGGACCUGGCUGCCCAGCGAGACGCCCCUGCAGACGGUGCUACCGGUGGGCGCGGGCUGUUUCCUGCUGGGCCAGGCCCUGAGGCUGGCCUACUACCGCUGGCUGCAUCCCAGCCUCUACUGGGAGCCCGACCAAGUGGACGGGAGCCUGCGGUCCCGCUCCCUCGAGCCACAGCCGCUGCCUCAGAACCGGCGCAUGGCCCAGCUGGCGCAGAACUUCUUCCCCCAGGUCAUGGGGGAGGCUGCCUUCUUGGAGAUCAGAGAGGACAGUGGGAUGCUUUGA